UUUAAAUAGCAUAUCAUUUAAAUAGCGACAAUUAAUGCUCGUGAUUCGUCCUAUUUAAAUUUAUUUCAGUUAUAUUCCGUUUCAAUUGGUAUACAUAUAUAUAUAUACAUAUAUAUAUGUAUAUAUACAUGUAUAUGUAUAUAUACAUGUAUAUGUAUUAUGUGUGUAUUACCAAUGUAUCGUUCAAAACUAGUAUAUAAUCGUAUAUAUAAGCAUGAUUACUACAUGAUCAUGUUUUAUUGGAUUCUUUCAACCCCUCCUUAUUCUCGUUUAUUUAUUAGUUUCAUUUAUAUUACUUCUCUUCAUUCAACUUGAUGGUUAAUUCUUGUUCCCCCCACUUCUCAAAGAGAAUCUUUAAGAAUUACGAUUAAAUUUAUUUUAAUAUACUUGUUUUCUUUUUUAUUAUAGAAUUAUGAAAUUAUUUAUUGAUACGAUAAAUUACUCGUAUCAAUAUUGUCAUGAUUAACAGUUGAUUUUAUCACUGCUACUUAUAUAAUAAUAUAUACCAUAGCCUAUCAUCAUCAUCACCAUCACGAUUACCAUUAUCAUCAUUAUUAUCAUCAUCACCAUCACUACCAUCUGUACCACCACCACAACUACUAUUACCACCACCAUCACUACUACUGCUACUGCCACCAUUACAAUCAUCUUGACGACGACACAACGAUGUUUGGUAUCUCUUUUUAACUGUACUUCAGACCACGCGCACCCUUCGUAAGUAUAAGAACGUCUCGUUUUUAUCUACCGGUUGAUCGCUACCUGUGAUAUGAAUACGCGAAUUUAAAUAAAUUCAUCGAAUUUCCGGGUAUAAGCGGUUGAAUCGAAAUGAAUGUUCAUGAAUGUUGAUGACAGUGAAAAUACGUCCUUUUGUUUCAAAUUUAUGUGAACGAAAAUAAUCUAAAAGAAAACAGUAUGCAUAUUUAGAAUAAUAAUAAAUAAUAAUGUGAGCCGUGUGAACUUGUGAUUCUAAGUGAUAAUUAAUAACCUUUAUAUCGCGGGAAUGCUUAGUUCAAUUAUGACGAAUCAAAAUAUUUACAUUUUUUUAAUCGUUAAAUUUAUAAUCGUUAUUUAAAGGACGUAAGCAGUAAAAUUAAUUUAUCAUAUAAAUUUUAUUCUAAUAAAUUUCUUAUUUUAUUAAUUUUAUCGAAUCGUUGAAUUUAAUUUUCGAUAAAAUAUUUAAUUUUCGAUGUAUAGGAACGAAUUAUAUCGAUCAAUGUUCUGCGAGAUAAUAAAUAAAAUAUAUAUCCGAACCAGACUAUGGGAUAAUCAUCCUAAUCUAUCGGACGAAUCGAGUUUUGAGAUGUUACUCUCGAGUGCUUGGUUCGAAGUAAUCGCUGCAGUUCUUUUGACGAUAUUGAUCUUCGUUACUAGCCAUCGGCCAGCAUGGUGGUUUUGGACAGCUACAUCUCACGAAGCUACCGCACCAGCCGAGGGCAAGUUCAGAACGGUAUCCAACAUUCCAGGGCCGUUUUCUUUACCGAUUUUUGGAACCAGAUGGAUAUUCUCCUGCAUCGGUUACUAUAAAUUGAACAAGAUUCACGAUGCUUACAAAGAUUUGAACCAACGAUAUGGCGCGUUGUGUAAAGAAGAAGCAUUAUGGAAUUUUCCAAUGAUCUCUGUCUUCUCCCGUCAGGAUAUCGAGACUAUCAUCCGCCGUAACUCCAGGUAUCCGCUUCGCCCCCCGCAAGAGGUGAUAUCUCAUUAUCGGCGGACACGCCGGGAUCGUUACACGAAUCUCGGUUUAGUCAACGAACAAGGACAAACGUGGCACGAUCUUCGGAUAGCUCUUACGUCGGAAUUGACGGCUGCCAGUACCGUCCUUGGCUUUUUCCCGGCCCUGAAUAUCGUCGCAGAUUCGUUCAUCGAGUUGAUCCGGCGUCAAAGGGUCGGAUACAAAGUAACAGGUUUCGAAGAGCUUGCCUAUAAAAUGGGAUUGGAAAGUACAUGCACUUUGAUCCUGGGUCGACAUCUCGGUUUCUUGAAACCAGACUCGAGUAGCGAGCUUGCGACGAGAUUGGCGGAAGCUGUCAGGAUACAUUUCACCGCCUCGCGGGAUGCCUUUUACGGAUUGCCGCUUUGGAAAUUGUUACCAACCUGUGCGUACAAACAGCUGAUAGAGAGCGAGGACGCUAUAUACAAUAUCAUUUCGGAGAUCAUCGAAACCACUAUACUGGAGAAACAAGACGAUGCUAAAGACGAGUCGGUCGAGGCCAUUUUUCAAUCCAUUCUCAGACAAAAGAAUCUCGAUAUACGCGACAAGAAAGCAGCCAUUGUCGAUUUCAUAGCGGCUGGCAUACACACGCUUGGAAACACUUUGGUAUUCCUGUUCGAUUUGAUCGGCCGUAAUCCGGCCGUGCAAGGCAAACUAUACGAAGAGACACACGAGUUGGCACCGGCUGGUUGCGAUUUGACCAUCGACAAUUUACGGAGGGCCAAGUAUUUGCGCGCGUGCAUCACCGAAUCUCUACGAUUGAUCCCAACGACAACCUGCAUCGCACGCAUCUUGGACGAAUCCAUCGAACUUAGCGGUUAUCGUUUGACGGCGGGGGUAAGUAACAAUUAUGUAAUCUUUUCCUACGCCGUGCGUGAUCAUCAAUUAUUCUUCCUCCUCCCUUUUAUUGCGUAUUUUAUUCUGUACCUUUAUUCUGUACAGACCGUAGUCCUUUUACACACUUGGAUAGCAGGUUUGAACGAGGAGAACUUCAAAGACGCCAAGAAAUAUUUGCCCGAGAGGUGGACGACACCUACCAGCCCCCAUUCGCCGUUAUUAGUCGCACCUUUCGGCGCUGGAAGGAGAAUAUGUCCGGGCAAGCGAUUCGUCGAUCUCGCGUUGCAGCUUAUCUUGGCAAAGAUUAUACGGGAAUUCGAGAUCAUCGUGGAGGAAGAGCUCGAUUUGCAAUUUGAAUUUAUUCUCGCGCCAAAAGGCCCGGUCUCCCUUGGUUUCCGUGAUCGUUCUUGAAAUUAUUCUUGAAAUCUAUCGAAAUCCCGGAAGUUUUAGCUUUAUCUCGUUACCUAAUGUUAUUUUAUGUUAUUCGUAAAUAAUAAUAAUAAUUCACUCGUUGUAAGUAAAUUUUUUUCAAGACGAAUUAUUUAUCGUAUUGGAUAUGCUUAUUUUAUGCAUUGUACAGAAUUUACGAGGAUAGAUUAAUUAAUAAUUAAUAAUCUAAUUAAUAUUUAAUCGUACGUGCGUGUGAGCGCUUGAAAUCGUUUUACUUUGUUAUUUAAAUUUUUUUUUUUUUUUUUUUACAAUGUUUUUCCAUAUAACGUGCGUUGUACAAGAAUAAGACGAUAAUAUUUAGCAAAUAGAAUGAACGUUAGAAAAUGUGUAGAUAAUAUAUCGAAGAUCGAAUACGAUCGAGGCGCAAUUUUUUAUAUUUGUUUUGAUGAUACUCGAUGACCGAUGAAUCAUAUGGUUGAUUUGUUACUGGUAUAAAUUACUUUUUGAAUUAAAAA